AUAUUUGAGUGUUGGGAAGUAACAAAAGAGUGUUGUAUUGAGACAGAGUAGAUAAGAAGAGUUUUGAUAAUAAAGGAAGAUCUUUGGCAGCGAUGAACAAAUGAAAAAGAAAAUGUAUAAAAUAAAGUAAAGGGAGAUGGUGCCCUCGAGGUCGAACGGGAAAGCAGGAGAUGAUUCUAGAAUAUGUACACGUGGCACCACACACCACAUAACAUAACCCUCAUCCUCUUCUUCCAUACCAAAACCCUUCUUAUUCCUCUUCUUCACACCUACGCUCAUUCUCUGCAGAAUUAGGGAUAAAAUUAGGGCUUCAGCUCUUCAUAGAUAGACAUGGCUACCUCAAGUGCCCAGAUACACGGCCUCGGAACUCCCUCCUUCGCAGCUUCCUUCAAAACUCACUCCAAUUCUCGAACCCUAUUCUUUGGCCAGAGGCUCAACACCACGCCCUUCCCACGCUCCGCAUUUCUCAGGGUCAAGUCCACCGGAAGAAGGGGGUACAACGUUCGCCCUCUAAGAGUCGUCAAUGAAAAGGUCGUAGGUAUCGAUUUGGGGACCACCAACUCCGCCGUCGCUGCCAUGGAAGGUGGCAAACCCACCAUCAUUACCAACGCAGAGGGCCAGAGAACGACUCCCUCUGUGGUGGCCUACACCAAGAGCGGCGACCGGCUGGUAGGUCAAAUCGCGAAGCGUCAGGCGGUGGUGAACCCCGAAAACACCUUCUUCUCCGUGAAGAGGUUCAUUGGGAGGAAGAUGAUUGAGGUGGACGAAGAGUCUAAGCAGGUCUCUUACAGGGUCAUAAGGGAUGAGAAUGGCAACGUCAAACUCGAAUGCCCCGCCAUUGGCAAGCAGUUUGCAGCUGAAGAAAUCUCUGCGCAGGUUUUGAGGAAGCUUGUGGAUGAUGCUUCCAAGUUUUUGAACGAUAAAGUGACGAAGGCCGUUGUUACUGUGCCUGCUUACUUCAAUGAUUCGCAAAGGACUGCUACCAAGGAUGCUGGUCGAAUUGCUGGUCUGGAAGUUCUUCGUAUCAUCAAUGAACCCACUGCUGCUUCUUUGGCCUACGGAUUUGAAAAGAAAAACAAUGAAACAAUUUUGGUGUUUGACCUUGGAGGCGGUACUUUUGAUGUCUCAGUGCUUGAGGUCGGUGAUGGAGUGUUCGAAGUGUUGUCUACUUCUGGUGAUACACACUUGGGCGGUGAUGACUUCGACAAGAGAAUUGUUGACUGGCUGGCCGGAAACUUCAGGAGAGAUGAGGGCAUAGACCUUUUGGUUGACAAACAAGCUCUUCAGCGCCUCACUGAGACAGCCGAGAAAGCAAAGAUGGAGCUGUCAUCAUUGACUCAAACGAACAUCAGUUUGCCAUUCAUAACUGCGACAGCUGAUGGCCCCAAGCAUAUUGAGACCACCCUUACCAGGGCCAAGUUCGAGGAAUUAUGCUCAGAUCUUCUUGACAGGCUCAAGACACCAGUUGAAAAUGCAUUGAGGGAUGCAAAAUUGUCCUUUAAGGAUCUUGACGAGGUGAUCCUUGUGGGGGGAUCAACACGUAUCCCUGCUGUUCAGGAGCUUGUAAAGAAGAUGACUGGGAAGGACCCAAACGUCACUGUCAAUCCUGAUGAAGUGGUUGCCCUUGGAGCUGCAGUUCAGGCUGGUGUUUUGGCUGGAGAUGUUAGCGACAUUGUGCUGUUGGAUGUCACUCCUUUAUCUUUAGGUCUGGAAACUCUUGGUGGUGUAAUGACUAAAAUUAUCCCUAGAAACACUACUCUUCCUACCUCGAAGUCUGAGGUUUUCUCAACCGCUGCUGAUGGGCAAACCAGUGUAGAAAUCAAUGUCCUUCAGGGUGAGAGAGAAUUUGUAAGGGAUAACAAAUCACUUGGUAGCUUCCGAUUGGACGGAAUCCCUCCUGCACCUCGUGGGGUACCUCAGAUUGAGGUGAAAUUUGACAUUGAUGCCAAUGGCAUUCUCUCAGUCACUGCUGUAGACAAGGGCACGGGGAAGAAGCAAGAUAUUACCAUUACUGGUGCUAGUACCUUGCCUACUGAUGAGGUAGAGAGAAUGGUGAAGGAGGCCGAGAGAUUUGCAAAGGAGGACAAGGAGAAGAGGGAUACCAUUGACACGAAGAACCAGGCAGAUUCUGUGGUCUACCAGACUGAGAAGCAGUUGAAAGAACUUGGAGACAAGGUUCCUGGUCCUGUGAAAGAGAAGGUUGAAGCAAAACUAGGAGAGCUUAAAGAUGCAAUUUCUGGUGGUUCGACCCAAGCUAUUAAAGAUGCCAUGGCUGCCCUUAAUCAGGAAGUUAUGCAACUUGGCCAGUCCCUUUACAACCAACCAGGAGCUCCUGGCGCAGGGCCUACACCACCCGGUGCCGAGUCUGGCCCCUCAGAAUCAUCAGGCAAGGGACCGGACGGGGACGUGAUUGAUGCAGAUUUCACCGACUCUAAAUGAGUUGCAGAGAUCAUCUAUUAGUUUUCUUUUUCUUUUCUUUUUUAUGUUUUUUCUAUUAUAAAUUCUUAAAUGAUUUUUGUCAUUGAAGAGUGGGUGCGUGUUUCAUAAAAUUUAGAGACGGGUUUUUAUAGGUGCUCAUUGAUACUCGUUUUGUACCCUGGAAAUUUUGUCUGAGAAAUACUGGUAUUAUGGGUGGAAUUUAUAGGCUAAAAUUAUCGUAAUAUUCCUUGUUGUAAGAUGAUUUUAGCAGUAGCUUAACAAGAAAUUAGAUAACAGAUUCUCAGCUAAAACGAUUCUUCUAAUGGUUUAGCUUCCCUGAAAGUGCAAAACAAAAACAGAAUUGUUAAUUGGUAUUUUAUUUCGAUUUAAAUAGAUAAAUCGUACUAUUAUUACUAAUCUUUAUUUUUGUGUAGAAAACGAGAACCUAUUAAACUGAAUAAUAAUGAAAACCCAAAAUGCAUUAAACUUAUCAUUAUAAAAACAUGUCCAAGUAUUUAAAGUUAUGUUCCUAUACUUGAAUCAGAGACACAUAUCACCAGUGGGCAACACCUUGUUUCAAAACGAGACCUAAUAUUAGUCUCGUUUUAUUUGCAAUUUAUGCUAUCAUUCACAUAAUACUUCAAAUAUUCAUUCAAACAACAGCAAAUCAUCCAAUAAUUAUAUACAAAUAUAAAUAUGAUUUGUUAGCUACAAAAUUUACUCAAUUUUAGAAUAAACCAAAAUUUAAGGUUGAAGUGUAAUGCAUCAAGGUGGCUGGCUGAUUUGAGAGGCAUGUUUCUCAAACAAGGUCGAGUUGCAUAGAAGGAUAACUUGAUAUAGUAGUGUAUGAUAUCAUAGAAAGAUAGCAUGAUAUAUAUUAUUAUUAAAUUAGAAAUUUUAAGGAAUAUGAUAGUUUCAUGAUGUGUAAAGCAAUAUUUAGUUUUUAACUAAUGAAAUAUUGUACCACAAAUCUAUCCAUCCAUCGAAAGAUCCAGCCUAUACAUAUAAUCACUAGUAACACCACUAGUGUUGUUUUGGAUUAUAUAAAUUGUUUCACUUUCUCAUUACGGUAAAAUACUCCAACAAAAGAACUGGGUUGAAAUGAAAUGGAAAGAGAGCUUCCCAACUCAUCUCCACCACCUUAGCAUUUGAUGCCACAUUGUUUGAGUAUGGACUUGUCUGCUUGGGCAAGAAAACAUCAAUUCUCACCCAAAUCGUAGAGAAAAUUAAUGUUAGAAGUAUUGACCAAAGGACUACCAUGGUAGGGGUUCUGUUUUGCCUUCUCAUUAGUCAAAAUAGUCUUUCUAAAUUUUUUGGGGAGAUGAAGGGUGGUUCCUCUUGCUCAUCAAGGAAGUCUUCAAGCUCUUCGUCAGUCUCUUCAUCAUCAAAUGUGGACUGAGGGUCAUCAAAACAACAGCAGCAACUCCUCAUCUUUGGCUUUUUCUCAGAUAGCGGCUCAUAGCCAUAUAAAGCCUGUCAGUUGAACACACAUCCAGUGCCAACAUACGCUAGACCUUGAAUUCCAUCAAGGCAUUUCAUGUUGAUCUACGAUAUAAAAUUAUAAACGAAGCAAAAUAUAAGGCAGAAGUUAAAUAUCAGAUGAUGAAAUUGCAAUUUGUACUGGGGUUUCAGUUAUACAUCAAAGAAUACAGUAUUGUGAUUAGCACAUCUGUCAUUGAAAUCAAUGCUAUCAAACCUUCGCUGAAAUUGGACAUAACUUCUUUCCAAGUUGAGGGUCCAUUAAAAGCACAUAGCCUCCCUAAGAGCCUUGCUAUUGAUGUAUUGAUCACAAUCCAGAUUCAACACAAAAGGUACAUUGCUAAGCACAGUUGAAACUCGAACCUUUUGAGGAAUGUAACAUUGCAAGAGCUAAAUAUGGAUUAAGAUUAACAUAAAGUCAAAUCUGCUUUCAUCAUAAGCUUAACAUAUAAGUGUUUAAAUAAACAUAUAACUAUUCUAGUUUAUAAGCAUACAUGCUGA